AUGCUUGCUUCAGAAACUUACACAUCAAAUACAUUUCUGUAUUUUGCUUAUGGUAGUAAUAUGCUUUCAUUUAAGAUGAAAUUAAAUGGCUUAUCAGCAGAAUUUGUUUCUAUAGCACGCUUAGAUAAUAGCCGUCUGGACUUUAUUAGGUAUUCAAGGUUUUGGGCAGGACCAACAGCAACUGUUGUGCCCACUGCUAAUGCUCAUAUUUGGGGUGUGAUCUGGCGCAUGCCUGUGGAUGAUUUGGACCGUCUUAAUGAGCAAGAGGGCUUAGAAAGUAAAAUAUACUAUUCAAAGUCUGUUCAAGUUUUAUCACCACAUUUAGGUAUUUAUUUUUGCCGCAUAUACAUCCAAACAUUAAAUCCCUUGCCAAUUGGAGAUAAAGAUAAAAUACCUGUAGAACGUUGGCCAUCCUGUACUUACAAAAAAGUAUUAAUACACGGUGCUAUGGAGCAUCACCUACCGCAAUAUUAUAUAGAAAUGUUGAGAAAUAUUAAACAUAAUGGACAAAAAGGAUGCUAUAAAAUGCAUAUAUUUUUGCGACAAUAUGCAGACAGUAAGAAGUCUUGUUUAUGUAUUUCGCGGCAACCUGUUCAAAAGCCACUUCAACUGGAUUUGAGAAAAUUCAGAGCUCAAAAAUAGAGCAGCUAAGUAAAUACUAAUAUAAUUGAAGUCUU